GGCUGCCAAGCCCUCAGUCCCCUCCGAGCUUUGGCCGGGCUGGCCGUCGGGUGCUACCCCCUGCGUUUUGCACGGAACGCGGGCAUCUCUCGGAGUCUCAGGACUGAGGAUGGAUGCCAUCUGCACCUGAGAGAAGAGUUGCCAUGCCAGGUAAAGGAAAAAAGGGGAAAGGCUCAGGCAAGCCCCGGGGGAAGAAGCCAAAGAAGCAGGAAGUGGACAUUCUGAGCCCGGCGGCCAUGCUGAACCUGUACUACAUCGCCCACAACGUGGCCGACUGCCUGCACAUGCGCGGCUUCCGGUGGCCAGGGGCCCCGAAGACCAAGAAGGGAAAAGCAAAGGUUAAGUAGCAGCGUGUCCCAGACACCCCUCUCCGAGAGAGCAGGGCUGGGGAGGAAGAAUCGGGGUGCUGCAAAAAAACACAAACAAACAACCCAACAAGGAGACGUGCCAAGCGGACUGAAGACGGCUUGAGGCGCGGCUGCCGUCCGCUUCUCCAGCCAUGAGAGCUGAGCAGCUGCGAGCUCCUGGGCUGGGGGCCUCAGAAGGCAGCCAUUCCUGCCCAGGUGUGGAAUCGGCCAUCCUUUGAAAAUCCCCUUACGGUUCCGGUGGGCAUUAAAUCUUGCUUUCGAAGGCA